AUGAAAAUGGCACCGUCACAACUCGCCCUCGAAAAGGCCACAGUGGAAGAUGUCCCCGCAAUGAUAGACAUUUGGUUCGCGGCGUUCACUCGACCACACGUACGUAAAGCCAUGCCUGAUACUCCGGGCGUCCGAAAAUGGUUCACAGAAUGUACUAUCAACGACAUCACCGAGCAUUCAUACCAGACAUACCUGAAGAUCGUCGAUCUGGAUUCCAAUGAUAACGAGGGGAAACCUCGCAUGGCCGCAUGGGGGAAAUGGGAUUCAUCCAUGCCCGAUGAGCGUGGUCCGCGCUUUUUAUUACCCUGGACUGAUGAAAUGGAUUCCGACUUUUGCAGUAUGGUGUUCGACGGCUAUGAGAAGAACCGGAAGAAGGUCAUGGGGGAUGAGAAGCACAUUUUUCUGGACACGUUGUGUACGCAUCCUGAUUAUUGGAGACGGGGUGCUGGGUCGAUGAUCGUCAAGUGGGGUUGUGAUCUUGCUGACAAGGAGCGAGUCUCUGCUUACUUGGAUUCGAGUAAGGAUGGCGCGCCUCUGUAUCAGAAGUUUGGAUUUGUGGAUGAGGGAACCCCGGAGGACACCACUGCACCUAUGGCGAGGAGAAAGCGUUGA